AUGUCUCCAACACAACUCUAUCAAUUCACCUACCCCUCCUCACUGACCCUCACGCACGUGCCCCCACCACCGUCACCCACCUUUGAAGACUGGUGGUCCGCCCAAAUGACACAACACCCGUUUCUGUCCCAAACCUUCGACCCCUGGCGCGCCACCGUACCCGUACUCCGCCGCUCCCUGACCGCGCUGGGCAUCCCCACGACGCCCCGCGCGCGCAAGUCCGCCCUGGUCCGCGCGUUCGAGGACGAGGCACCGCUCCUCGUCCCGCAGUUCGAAGCCAACCUCAAAGCCUGCUUUCCUCCCUUGCCGCCACAGCCGCUGCGGCGGCCCCGGGGCAUCAAGCGGCGGUUGAGAGGAAAACGCGACGACGAUGAAGGAGAAGGACGAGAGGAGGAUGGCGACGCGGAUGAGGGAGCAAAAGCCCGGCUGGAGCUGAGGAGGCAGAAGCUGGCUCGGCUGAACCGCGACGAGUUGGACGAUUUGGUCCAGUUUCGUGAUGAUAUGCGCUCGGCCGAGAAGAAGCUUGAGAUGAGCAUGGGGGAGUUUGAGAGUGUGAGGUGGAAGGUGCAACGUCUGCUGGGCGAGUUGAAUAAGGGCUUGGCUGGGCUGGAUGAUGCGAGGGCGAAGUGUGCCGAGUGGAGGGAGAGCAUGACGGAUGAUUUACGGUUGUGGCUUUCUAUGCAGUGA